AGACUGUUUUUCCAGUUUCUCUGUGUUCGUUUUUUAUAAUAAAUAAAUUUGUUAAUUACGCCAACCAUUGUUUUGUUUGGUUUAAAUUUUGAGUAUUGACAAAAUUGGCUUUGAUUCGUAAAAUAAAAUCAAACAAAUAAAAGCUUUUAAUUUAACUUAUCAUAAUUAUGGAUUUGUAUACGUUCUGCCGCGAACUUCCAAAAGUUGAGUUACAUGCACAUUUGAAUGGUUCCCUCAGCAAAUCUACAAUGAUGGAACUUCAGAGAUAUCUGGCUGAUUCUGGCAUCAGAGAUGAGACUAAUGCUUUUACUGAUGAAUUUGUACUGGGCGCUGGCGACACAAGGACAUUAUCAGAUUGUUUUCAAGUCUUUAGUAUUGCGCAUGCAUUAACUUGCACUCCAGAGGCAAUAGAAAUUGCUACAUGUCUGACACUACAAGAGUUUCAAGCUGAUGGGUGUUGCUAUAUUGAACUGCGAAGCACACCUCGAAACACUCCCCAUAUGACUAAAGAACAAUGUGUUGCAGCUAUUCUCCAGGGUAUACAAAAGUCUUCUUUGCAACAUCCCAUGGAGUCAAGGCUUAUAAUAUCAAUAAACCGAAGCUCAAAUAAGGAUGAAGUUGAGGAGAUAGCAGAUUUAGCAAUAGAAUUUCAUCGAAAACAACCUGAAUUGGUAGUUGGAAUAGAACUAAGUGGCAAUCCUACUGUUGGAGAAUUUAAAAUGUUUGUACCAGCUUUAACUAGAGCUAAAUUAGCUGGACUAAAGAUAACACUUCACUGCGGCGAAGUUUGUAAUCCAAAAGAAAUACUAGAAAUGAUUGAAUUUAGACCAGACAGAAUAGGCCACGCAAUUUGCAUUCACCCCAAAUAUGGUGGUACUAAAGAAAUAUGGACAGCUUUGUGUAAAUCAUCAAUACCCAUAGAAGUAUGCCUCACCAGUAAUGUAAAUACUAAAAGUGUACCGAGCUAUGAUUCUCACCACUUUAAAUUAUUAUACGAUGCAGGUUUACCAAUCGCUAUUAGUACCGAUGAUAAAGGAGUAUUUGCAACAUCUCUUUCACAAGAAUAUAGAAUAUGUGCUGAUACAUUUAAUCUCAGUAAAGCACAGAUAGCUCAGCUAGCACGUAAUGCUUGCCAAUUUGUGUUUGAUACAAGAAUACGUAAUAAAAUUCAAGAACAUGUUACUGAAUUUAUGAAUAAAAAUAACACAGCUAUUUGACUGUAAAAUUCAACUUAUUAAUUAUAUUACUUGUAAAAGAUACUGUAGUAGAUAUUUCAACAAAGUGAAGUUUAUUUUCAAGACAGUGUCAGAUACAUGACAUUUAUAUGACUUUAUUUCACCGAACCACAUCUAUAGCAUGUAAUCACAGAUGCAGGAGAAAGUUGUAUUAAAGUGUUAUUUAUACUUCAUUGGAAUGAUACUUGAGAAUUCUAGUAAUUAUACGUUUCCUUUUGUUCCAAGCUGUUUGACUUUAUUUUAAAGGUAUAAAAAUA